GACAGUUCUGUGGAGAAAGACAAGACGAAUCAAGUUGAAUCUUGAAUAAUUAAAAUAAUAUUGUGACAGAAAAACGUUCAAUAAAAAAAAUAAAACAGCUGUUACAUUCUUUAACCGGAAAACAAAGGUAUUAUUGUUAAUAAAAUAGUUACUUUAACGUUAAAGAGAGACAUAUUUUUAUAUAAAUCGGUUACUGUGCUAGAUAUUUAUAAAAAUGGCACAGUGGGUUGGAUACAUGGUUUCUAUUGAUUGCGAUUUGGGAAUAGGCCCCUAUCAAGGCGAAAUAGUUUCAGUAACUUCAGAAACUAUUACUUUGACUAAAGCUUUUUUUAGUGGCUAUCCAUGUAAACAAGAUCCAGUGAAAAUAAGAGUUGAUAAUAUUGUUGAUAUAAAAUUAUUAGAAAAACCAAAGAACCCUUUCGAAGAAAUAAGAAGCACUGUAACGAUAGCAAAACCUAUCGCCAAAAGAGCUGGAAGAACUCAUAGCACCUCUGAAACUACCAAUAAACAAGUAAGUGGACCUCAUAAAAGAUCGAAUCCCAUCGACAUUGACGUUAAAUUAACGAACGAUUUGGCAAAUAGUUCUUUUAAAAUUAAUACUCCUAAUAAGAAAGAAAAGAAUAAUAGGAAAUGGGUGAAAGGAUCGAAAGAUGAAGAGUGUUUUGGGUCUCUGAUGGAACAAAGUAAUAUAAGUAAAGAUUUCGAUUUUGAAAAGAAUUUAGCACUUUUUAAUAAACAAGCUGUUUGGGAUGAAUUGAAUGCUCAGAAGCCUGAUAUAGAUAAGAGACCAGCUAAAUACAGACACGACGAAAACGUUCUACCAACAGUUCCAACUUCGUACCGCCAAAUUACCGUCCCCAAACAAGAUUUUUGCGAGUACGUUACCGACGACGGUUUGAUAAUUCCAAGCAUAUCCAGAGCUUUGAGAAAAAAAUUGUGGGAAGUAGCGGAACGCGUGGGUCUUACAUGGGAGAAGAGAAUAGACUUAAUAGGAAGGGCUGCAGCUGAAAUUUCAAUUCAAUUAUUAGGAGGAGGGCAUAGACUUAAUCCACGCAAUACUCAUCAAUGGCCCACUGUUGUUGUAUUAUGUGGACCACAUAGACAAGGAGCAAUUGGUGUGAACACCGCCAGACAGUUAGCAAGCCACGGUGUUCAAACUAUCGUCUUUACAACCUCCAUGGAUGCUCCCAUCAUAAAAAAGGAACUAUCUCUCUAUAUGUUAACAAAAAACCGACUACUCAACAACGUCGCUGAUUUACCGAACGUUUCCGAUCUCAUUAUAAUAGCUUUAUGCGAAGACACCGACAAUCCGCGACACUAUCCGCUACUUUCCGAUUGGGUGAACAAAAACAAAGCGCCAGUACUGGCGUUGGAUCCUCCUUCAGUCGGAACCCCCGGAAUAACCCCUAAAUUUUCCUUAUUACCCGUUUUACCGUUGCCUCAUUCGUCGAACAACGGGAAAUUGUAUUUGUGCAAUUUGGGAUUCCCCGUCGAUAUUUUUAACGAAGUGGGAAUUAAGUAUAAGUCGCCGUUCGGGCCGAAAUUCGUGAUACCGUUGCAUCCGAAUGAUGAAUAAUUUUUUUUUUUUGAGAAUCGUUUUGUAAAUCUAUGCAGUGGCUUACUUAAAAGUUUAUUAUUGAAAGGAAUUAAAUUUUAUUUUUUAUAAAAAAAAUACGUAAACCAUUCAGAACGGAAUUUAUUUUAUUUUUUUAUAUAGAAUGUCCCAUAAAAAAGUUUCUAAAGUAAUCCAGUGAUAUUUUUGAUGUGUUACUGCCACAAAUUAAAUUUCUAUGGGCUAUUUUUAUUUUAAGUUCUGCGUAUUUUUUUUUUUUUUUUAAGAAUAGAAAGUUAUGUUACUAUUUUUAAAAAGUUUAAAUUAAGCACUGUGUAGUUACGUUAUUUUCUUUUUUUGUUAUUUUAUUUUUUUAAGACUACUUAUAUGAAUAAUGAUGAUGUUCUUUUGUAUAACUUGGAAAUAUACAAUAUUGACUUUAA